UGUCAGUGCAACCUGACGAAAGUGUACUCAGUUUCCUUUCGAUUGUUUACUUCAUUAGAUACAAUUUGAAUUAAAUAAUGGGUAAUUACAUCGCUACCUACGUAACGCAUCCUGACACGAUGCCCGUGACCGAUGGUAAAUCGACAUUUGAUCCGAUGUAUGGAUUUCCUAAUGGUCGAAAAAUCAGAGAGAUGCCGUUAUCAGAAGAAGACAUGAUGGCUUUCAAGAUCCCUCAUGACAGACGUGAUUAUUGUGCCCACAAGUAUAUGGAAUUACAUGAGUGUAAGAGAAUUCAUUUUCCCUUCAUGUUGAAGUGCGCGCAUGAAAGACAUGAAUAUAACAAGUGUUACGUUGAAGAUUACGUCAUAAGAAUGAAAGAAUAUGAAAGGGAACGUCGUCUUCUUGAAAGAGAAAAAAGAAUACGGCAAGCAGUAGCAGCGUGAAAAUCCAUUGAAUCUUGAUAAUUUUAAUUCAUUGUCGUCGGUAACUUAGACUACACAUAUGUAAAGAAGGAAUUACGUUCCGCUAUUGUACAUGAACUAUAUCAAUAAAAUGUAUUUAACUAUAAAUUUUCUACUUCAUGAAAUAAUAAAUA